CUCCAGGAGCGUAAGCAGUUCCAGAGCCAGCUUGCUGAACUGGAAAAGCUGCCUGAGCUCCUGAGGAUCACAGAGACAAAGCUGGCAAAAUAUCAGGACCAGCUUCAGAUUUACGAGAAGAAGAACGCGGACCUCUCUGUCAUGAUUGGAGAUCUUCGUCAGUGGAUUGAGCUCCAGGGGGACAAAAUGGAGGUGACAAGAGAGAGGUAUCAGUCUGCCCAGGAGGUGAAAAAGCAGCUUACCUUGAAGGUGGAGGAACUAGAAAGAAAACUAGAGACAACGAAUGCCCAGAACAUAGAAUUCCUUCAGGUCAUAGCAAAACGUGAGGAGUCAAUCCACCAGUGUCAGCUGCGGCUAGAGGAGAAGACCUGUGAGUGCAGCUCCUUGGCACGUCAGCUGGAGAUGGCCAUUGAAGAUGCCAAAAAACAAGUGGAACAAACUCGAGAACGAGCAGCGUCUAGAGAGAGGGCAGCUCAGUCCAAGAUGCUGGAUUUGGAGACGCAGCUGAGUAGGAAUAAAACAGAGCUGAACCAACUGCGUCGGAGCAAGGACGAUGCAGAGCGCCGGUAUGAAAGCCGCCUACAGGAUUUAAAGGAUCGGUUGGAGCAGUCGGAGAGCACCAACCGCAGCAUGCAAAACUACGUCCAGUUCCUCAAGUCUUCCUAUGCCAACGUUUUUGGAGAAAGUGCCUUGCUGGGCUACCCCAGCCGCUCUCGUUCUUCUCCGUGAGGACAACGCUCUGUUUGCACAGACGGAGCCCUAUUUCAAAGCCAUAUGUUGUUUAGAAAAUAGGUU